UGCAGAGGAGGUUCAGGUUUGCCACGUCGGUCUCUCACUGCGAGGGGACUAUGCUGUUGCAUGUCUGGCAAACAGGACAAGUUUAUUGCCUUAUGUUGUAAGCCCAAGUGUAACCAAAUCGCAUCUACCCAGUCGUCACUAACGGCUAGACUGCGACAUACCCGUUCCAGACUGGAAAAUGUUGACUACAGCACAGACUCCGCUCGCCAGUCAAGCUAAAACUGACUGAUGCAUCCGUGUCUACACCAUCCGUUUGCUGUCGAUGCACUUGGCCUGGCCUGGUUGGGCAGGACUGUGAAGUGGAGUGUUGGAGGUGGUUAGGCGGAGCCGGUGGUUGUCGUGGAGACCGGCCAUGCCUGGGGGCCGCAGGGGACCCAGUAGACAGCAGCUGAGCCGCACCGCUCUGCCCUCCCUGCAGACGCUGGUGGGGGGGGGCCUGGGCAACGGAACCGGAAUCAGAAAUAGAAGCAGUACCUGCGUGGGCCCGUCAGCCCCGCCCCUCUCAGCCCUCAUAACGCCGGAGCCUGUCCGUCACUCCCGGAUCCCUGAGCUCCCAUUGGACAGCAGCCUCCUGUUUGAGUUCCUCCUCUUCCUGUAUCUACUGGUGGCGCUGUUUGUCCAGUACAUGAACAUCUACAGGGCUUUCUGGUGGUACCCCUCGCUGAACUUUCACCGGAUGGACUGCCACCUGGCUGUCUUCAUCACCGUCAUGUUGGCUAGGAGACUUGUCUGGACCAUAGUAUCUGAGGCAUCACAGACCAGCCCGUGUUCUCUGGUCCGGUAUGUGGUUCUGAUCACCGCCCGACUCAUCAUGUUGACCCUGUGUGGCUGGGUUCUGUGCUGGACCCUGGUCAACCUGUUCAAGGACAACUCUGUCCUGAACCUGCUUUUCCUGGGUUACCCAUUCGGGGUGUACGUACCCUUGUGUUGCUUCCACCAGGAGGGGCGGAGCCAGCCGAUACCAGCCGACUGCAGCUACGGCGACCUGGACCAAUCGGACGGGCCGUUCUUCAGACCCAGGGACUUCCUGUCUCUGCUGAAGGAGAACCUGCGGGAGCAGUUCACAAGCCCCGCCCACGCCCCCGCCCACACCUGCCCCCCUUCCCCGGAGCUGAUCCGCGAGGAGGUGGAGGAGCUGAGGAGCGACUUCAACCGGCGCAUCAAGGAGGUGCUCUUCAACUCGCUGUUCAGCGCCUACUAUGUGGCCUUCCUGCCGCUGUGCUUCGUCAAGAGUACCCAGUACUACGACAUGCGCUGGUCGUGUGAGCACCUGAUCAUGGUGUGGAUCAAUGCCUUUGUGAUGCUGAUGAGCCAGCUGCUGCCCCCAGGCUACUGUGACAUGCUGCACCGCUCCGCCGCUCACCUGGGGCGCUGGCAGAGGCUGGAGCACGGGUCCUACAGCAACGCACCCCAGCACCUGUGGUCAGAGAGCACCAUCUGGCCCCAGGGUGUGUUGGUCAGACACAGUCGCUGUCUCUACAAGGCUGUAGGACCCUACAACGUUGCUCUGCCCUCCGACGUCUCCCAUGCACGCUUUUAUUUCCUGUUCCACAAGCCGUUGCGGAUCCUGAACCUUUUGAUCUGGAUCGAGUCCAGCGUGGUUCUGUACCAGCUGUACUCCCUGCUGCGUUCGGAGCACUGGAACCACACCCUGUCCCUGGGCCUGAUCCUGUGCUGCAACUACUAUGUGCUGUUUAAGCUUCUGAGGGACCGCAUCGUCCUGGGCAAGGCCUACUCCUACCCUCUCAGCUCCAGCAGCCUGGGGCUCAAGUCCCAGUAGCAGCCCAGUCAGGGCAGCCCCCGUCUAGGGAGCAGGACCCACUACACCCCCCCUGUCCUCCCUCACUCCCCACCUCACUCCAUUCCUGGAACUUUGGAUGCAUGGGAGGGGAGGGGCGUGUAGGGAAGAGGUUUGGGGGUACAGACUGUGAACUCCUAAGUGUUUUGAUACGGUUCUAUUUUUCACGCGAUGUUUCUACCUAUUUAAAGAAUAUUUUUAUUUUGUAUACUGUUUGUUAGCACACAGGGCAUUAGCUUACUGUGUCAUGUGACUUUGUUUGAGGCCCAGCGCCGCCAGGCAACAGAGGGGGGGGGGGGGGUGGAGAGGGGGUGGGGGAGGGGCCUUGUCCGACUUCCACCAAAGAUGUUCAAUGCCGAGGGGACCAAACACGGGCCACAGUCUGCCUCCUUUGGCCAAUGAUAGGCCAGCCUUAGGCUCAGUCAGCCAAUCAUGGAGGAGAUGGGUGAGGUUGGAGAUAGGUCCAAAAUCAGUGGUUCCUGUCUUACAUCUGGUCCUUCUUCCCUCACCCUGUCUUCAUAUAACCUGUCAAUAACACACAAACGUUGUGUGUCCUCAAGCAUGUUUCAUACGUAUCAUGGAUGUUGCUAUGGUAACACAUCUGUUCUUCAGGUCGUCCAAACGCAGAAAGAAAACCCUGGUUGUCAUGGCACUGCUAUGUUAAACCGCCUUUAGACAGGAACUGGCAGAAUUAAUACGCUUUAUCCCUGUGUGUGUAUGCGUGUGUAUGUAUGUGUGUGUGUGUGUGUGUGCACGCUCCGAACCCAUGCCUUUCACCUCAGUCAGUUACCAGAGUGUUACUGCAGAGUGCUUGCCUUGUUGCUAGGGUCACCUUGUCGCUAAGAUCACCUCGUUACUAGGUUGCCUUAUCCACACACAGAGCUGAACAGACUGGAGUGUCUCCAUACUCUUCACAUGGCCUCCCCUCCUGGUCGUCUCCGGCAGUGGGAGGCGUGCAGCUUAUUGAGACCCACCCCAAGUCCUGAACAGUUGUGCCAGUGUUGGGAUCAGUGCCAUGUGUCCUUCCAUCUGCCUUCUCACUGGGUACGCAUGUACUGGUACCCUCGUUACCCCCACACGGGUGGAGCUUUUGCCAAGGACCAAUGUCGUUUUUCGGAAUGUGCAGAAGUCCACCCAGUCGGGCACUACCCAGUGACACAAAACGGUUCACUCCUGCUAUCAGCCAAAUGUUUCUCAUUGUCUAUCAUUGUGCCGUUUCCCAGGACACAGUGUCUACCUGGUUGAACAUGUGAUUGCAUGUUGAGGGGCAGGGAUUGGUCCAUAGAUUGUCAACUUAAACAGUAUUCAACAGGAUGAAUUUUGCCCUCGACGUCCGCUAAUAAAACUGUUAAAAGAA